CGCGCCGCGCGCGCCGCGGCGGUCAAGAUCGCCAAGCGCCUCAAGGCGAAGUUCAGCAGGGCAGUUGCCGUGAUUGGCACCCAGCGCGGCCGCGACGCCGACCUGCGGGCGUCCCUGGAGGCCGCACGCCUGGCGGCCAGCGAGGCCGAGGCCAGGGCCAAGGCGGCGGCGGAGGAGGCCGGGCGGCUGGCGGCGCUCGCUGCGCAGCCGCUGCUGCCGGCGUCGUGGCGCGAGUCGGCGCGGCUGGAGCGCGCCUGCAGCGCGCGUGGCGGCCGGCUCGCCCGCAGCAGCACCGGCAGCAGCAGCAGCGGCGGCAGCGGCGUGCCUGGCACGCCGGCGGUGGCGGCGGGCUGUGCCCCGCGCCGCCUUAGCUUUGAUAGGAGCAGCAGUGGUGGCAGCCGCUGCUGGGGCAGCGGAACCGGCGCCGGCCUGCCCGUGCCGGGGACGGACCUUGUCCUGGGAGGGUCGGGCUGCGGCGGUGCUCUCGCCGCUCAUCGUCAUUUCCCGCGGGUGGAGGCGGCGGCAGCGGCGGCGCCCCUCGGGCCCACCCCAGCCCGCACCAAGCGUGGCAAGGGCGGCGGCGCAUUUGGGAAGUUUGGUGCUUUCAUGAAAAGCGUGUUUGGCUGCGUGCCACACGCAUGA